AUGGCAGCUGCCAUUAUUGCAAAGAUGCAAGCGGUUGUAAAAAUCAUCCCUACGACCCUACAUGCUGGUGCCAUCAACCACCAAACCUCCCAGUUCAGGAAACAACACCGAUUCAGGCAAUGUGCAUCCGUCGUUAAUCAGGUCUGCGGUGCUGUGCGCUCUCAUAUCCUGUCUGUUAGUCGUAAGGAUGUUUUUCAAGACGAUGCGAUAGGAGUUCAACCAUGA